AUGAACAAACAUAUACCAGUUGCAGCCAUAAUAUCUGCAUAUAAAACAUACAUAGUAAGCUCCAGAAAGAAUUAGACAAUAAUAUAGUUUGCAGGGCAAAAGAUAAAAGAUUUCACUGAUUUUUGACAUCAAGUGAUAGUAGCACAAAACACAGAAUGUGGUGUCUAGAAAUCAAAGAUUUAGUAGUUGAAUUACUGAUUUUUUAUUUAUGUUUUAGAUAGCACACUGUGUUAUGGUAAUUAAGAAACUUUUUUCUAGCACACAUUACCUUCAGAACUGUUAAGUCAUCCUUUUGAUCUCUUAACUUAUACUGAAAAGCAUUUAAUCUAAUAAAUCAACAAGAAUUAUAUACUUACUUCUUUCCUGAUGCAGAUUGAAGAAUGCAGACAAUCGGUAAUCCGUCAGAAGGUGAUCAAUGGUGACACUAGUUUUCUCAGCAUGGAUACCAGAACAAUUCAUCAAGCAAUACAGGACAACCUUUCACGAAAAAUGACUUCUUCAGCUCGUUGGAUUAUUCGUUUAAGCUUUAUGGUAUUGAUAUUGGAUUUUAGUCGAAGACCUUUAGGAAUGAUUCUGUUGUUCCGGCCUUUUAGGAGAAACGUACAAUGGUUACGGAAUCUGGAUGGUUUGGUACCUGUCGUUUCUUAUGUCUUGACGAAUUCGCAUAUUCGCCGUCUAUUGCCUCAAAGUUACUUCAUUACGUUUUGUUUGAUACUCAUAUUAUACAGCUGAAGUUUGUAAAUAAAAAUA